AUGCUUGAAAAGUGUAUGGUGGCUCAUUCUGAUUACUAUCAUCCCAUUCUGGCGGCUGAGAAAAGUGCGGCUGAAGUGCUGAUGAAAGGUUUCAUACCAUCAACUGUUGUGCGCAAUUUAGUGGAAGGCAAAGAAGACGUAGAGGUGAAUGAGGAGGAAGCAGAGAUGUUAUUCGCCUUUAUGGAAGGAGGUGUCUGUAAAGACUCAUUCACUGCCUACGUAGAUUGUAGUGAGACGAAGCUACGAAGAACAAGGAAGAUACGUCAGCCAAGUUAG